UUUAGUCAAAGAAAUGUUUAGGGUACACGGCCUGAAUAACCCUACAGACAUGGCAAUGACGGCACACUGAACAACUCUGGAACGGAUGAGAAAAAUUGGGAAGCAGUGAGCCAAAGUCUGGAGCGACUACGAUCCUUCAAAUCUUCCAGUCACUGAGCUUUGGAAACAAACCAUCCCAGUGGCCUCAAAGAAAGAAAACUGAGGACUUAACAAAUGGAGAGAAAUAAGAAAACUCUUUCCUUUCUUAUUUUGCUGCCUCUGCUGCUGCUCUGCAGAAGUGAUGAGUGUCCCAGGCUUCCAGAGAAUCUCACUUGCUACACUGACUACAAUAGAAACAUCACAUGUUUGUGGAACAGCAAAUACGUGUCUGAUGACACUGCAUGCACGAUACAUGCUCAAUUUAAAUCUAACCGCAUGUUUUACAACGCUUCCUGUGACCUAAAGUCUGUUGACAUCUCCAGACCAGACCUAAAGGAGUGCACCCUCAUCUUUGAAAUGGAAUACACUUUUCUGUCUUUCCAUGUGUUGUCCAUGAAUCUGAGCUGUGCUCAUAUGAAGCAGAGUCUAAUCACUUCCUACAAGCCAUCCUGUCACAUAAAGGUGAAUCCUCCUUCGAAGCCAGAAGUCAACGCCACCUCUGUUUCCUGGUUGUCCCAAGUCCCCGAACAUGAAAUGAUCAGUUUAUACAGAACUGAAGUGCAGUGGAAGCAGCAGGAUCAGUCAUGGAGUGAUCCCACCGUGCAGAAAAAACUUGACAUUCAGUGCGAGGAUGAGUGCAGGGCAGAGCUGGAGCCAGACAAACUGAUACAAGGCGAGAAGUACGAGGUACGAGUUCGUGUGCGGUCUGUUAAACCUCAACCCCAGGGAGCCUGGAGCGACUGGAGCCCCACUGCAUCAUGGGAGUCACCAGUAGGAAAAAGAAAACCACCAUCAGGUGUUCCUAGACUUGUUGUGUGCAUAAUUACAGCAGGUGUUGUAGUGUUAAUGGCAGUCAUUCUCUGCACAACUAAAAAACACUGGGUUUAUGUAGUAAAGACAAUGAAAGGUCAGCCCGUACCAGACCCAGGAAAAUCCUUCCUGCAGAAUGUACAUUUUAAGAGUGGGUUCCCCAGUGAAUACUUUCACUCCUUCUUGAAACCAGUGGAAAUGAUCACUGUAGAAUUAACCUCGCCUGUGGAUGUUGUUGUGACCUACAAGCCAGAUGAGAAGAUGGUGUUGAACAAAGGCAGCUAUGACUCCACCAGCUCCACCUUCACUAACCCAAGUUACUCUGAGCUUUGUAGCCCUCCUCCUAUUUCCUCACUCACUGCUGGGAAUCUGAAGCCCUGUGCGGCUGACACGCCUUAUGGCCCUGUUGGUGCUCAGGUUGAAGGAAAAAGCGCAGAACAGGAAAGCGAUGAAGCGAGAGAGAAAGAAAAGAUGUUAAUGUUGCUGCUCAAAGGCAGCAGUAACAGUGAGUCAGUGCAGGUGAUUUCAGACUACGAGAAAACUGAGAGGCUCGACAAUGAUCGAUUUAGGCUUCAGAGUCUAGAUUCAGGCAUGUGCAGUUGUGAAGAGGUCAGUGAAGAGAGCAUGGAGGCAGAUAGCAUCAAUAUGACUGAUAGCCAUGAUGAGGAACCUGAGGGUGAGGAAGAGAAGGAGGGAGGGAAUGAACAAAAGGCAGAUUUUCAGAGGCUGUUUGGAAGCAGCAGAGGUGUGUUUGGCAAGUCUAUCCAGGUUUGUUCUGAUUAUGAGCGAGUGGAGAAACAGCAGGCUGACAGCCCGGAGCUUCCCAGCUUGGAUUCAGGUGUUAGCAGUGGGGGAGAGGAGCAGCUGAGUCAGGAUGAGGGCAUGGAGGAUGUUGAUAAGUCCACUGAAUCUACACGCUUCCUGUUUCCACCUCAUCCUUCCAGUGCUUUACCAUGCUCCCUGCUCUCUUUUCCACAACUGCCUUUGAACUUGCCUGGGCCACGUCUGAGUCCAGCUUUGCAGCUCCAGCCAGGUCACAUGACACAGGGGUUUGCUCUGUUGUCAACAGGAAGGUCGGUGGAGCCCUCUGGUGAUGGAUAUAUGCCAGUGAAACAGGAGGAGGGCUGAGAACAGACAGCAGGCUCAACUAGCAGGACAAAAUAGCAUGUAGCACUUGGAGGAGUCAUCACAGUCAGUUCUCAGGAAAAUGUAACAUCACAUAAAUAUUUCUCUUCUGCUCAGUUUUCAGCAACUUUGACAGUUCCAUGAAUGUAUUUUACUUUUGUUUUUUAUAUAUUUAUAUCAAUAUUUAUGCCUGCUCAGAAGCUCAUAGACAGUUACUGUCACCCCAGAAUAAAAUAAUGUGACUCUUUCUACAAUGUAAAGGCUGCCCUCUCUGCCAUUACACUAGCUGACCUGACUGACUCUAAACUGCGUAAAUCUGUGUAAACUGUGGUAAAAUUCCCUACAUGGACUAAAGUUUUUGGCCACAUACAUAUUGAGCUAUUUAAAUCCAUACCAUGAAGCUUCCAGUGCACAUUUUUUAUCCUGAUGUCAGUGGCAGAGGAGGUUUGGAGCUGUGCAGAGCCUUGGUGGCUUUUACUGACUAUGCACGCCUGCACUCACUUUCUCAGCUUAUGUUGUCUGACACUUCGUAGCAUAGUAUUACAGUACCACACUAUGAGAGCAGUGAACUGUUCAGACCCAUUCUUUCACAAAUACUUGCAAAGGCAGACUGCAUGGAUGCUUAAUUUUAUACACCUGUAGUCAUGGAACUGAAACACCUGAAUUCAUCAAUUCAGAGGUGUGGCCCAAUACUUUUGGCCAUAUAGCAGCAUAUUUAACAAUGUUGGAUUGCUUGUUUGUAACAGACUAACUUGGUAACUUUAUUGCAGAAAACAUAUUACCUUGUAUGCUACAACAGGCAAAUAACCAGAGUACUCUAUUAUGCGUAUACUUUAUCAUGCUUGGUUUCAGGACUGCAGUGUUGACGGUCUUUAUGUUGUGUUUUUCUGGAUUCGAUUGUGCAAAUUUUAUUUUAAACAAAUGUCUUAAAGAGCGCAUUUUAAUUUUUAUGUUUUGGAUACAUAAAGGCAGUGUGUACAGAUGGUUAAAUGACCGCACUGUAGGUACAGUGACAAUGAUUUUGAUUUUAUUUAUUCUUGUGUGGCAGCUAUUUACUGACUUUAAGAAGUUAUUUGAAAUUAUGUCAUGUCAUGAAUAACAGUUAUUUUCCAUGAAAACUAAAAAUGGUUAAA